UAUAUAUAUGAAGCUAGAAAUUAAGAAGAAGACACACCACACUCGAAUCAACUCAAGCGAUAUUGCCGGAGAGAAUGACCGAAGUUGCUGGAGAAGUUACCGCCAUGGACUGCGUUUACAAGAACCCUAACGAAGGUGUAGAAGACCGGAUUCAAGAUCUCUUACAAAGAAUGACAGUUGAGGAGAAGAUCGGUCAGAUGACUCAGAUCCACCGUGCCGUCUCAUCGGCCGCCGUCGUUAAAGACUUCUUUAUAGGCAGCGUAUGCAACUCGGCGGGGAAGUCAGGGAAUAAAGAUGUGUUGUCAGAGGAUUGGGCUGAAAUGAUCGACGGCUUUCAGACGGCGGCGCUAGAGACUCGUCUCGCCAUACCAAUCAUCUACGGCCUGGACGCAGUUCACGGCAACAACAAAUUCUACGGCACCACCAUUUUUCCUCACAACAUAGGACUCGGUGCCACCAGAGACUAUGAUUUGGCUAGAAGGAUUGGAUCAGCGACUGCUUUAGAAGUUAGGGCAAGUGGGGCUCACUGGGUAUUCGCUCCUUGUGUGGCUGUGUGCAAAGAUCCGAGAUGGGGAAGAUGUAUGGAGAGCUACAGUGAGGACACCGAAGUUGUGUGCAACAUGACAUCCAUAGUCUCCGGUCUUCAAGGAACUCCACCUGAAGGACACCCCGCCGGUUACCCUUUCCUAGCCGGAAGGAACAAUGUGGUAGCAUGUGCAAAGCACUUUGUUGGAGAUGGUGGUACAGAAAUGGGUAAGAAUGAAGGGGACACAGUAGCUUCAUACCAAGACUUGGAGAGGGUUCAUAUGGCUCCUUACUUGAACUGUCUUGCUCAAGGUGUCUCUGCGGUUAUGCCUUCUUAUUCUCGUUGGAACGGAAGAAAACUCCAUGGAGACCGCUUUCUCUUGACAGGAAUUCUCAAAGACAAACUCGGUUUCAAGGGAUGUUUGGUUUCAGAUUGGUCGGGAAUCGACAAGAUGGGAGAACCACGUGGUUCGAACUACCGUGAAUGUGUGGAAGCUGCUAUCAACGCUGGAAUAGACAUGGUCAUGGUUCCUUAUAAGUAUGAGAAGUUCAUUGAUGAGCUAACAUCUCUGGUGCAGUCCGGGGAGAUACCUAUGUCUAGGAUCGAUGAUGCGGUCGAGAGAAUUCUGAGAAUGAAGUUCACAUCUGGUCUUUUCGAACACCCUUUCUCUGACAGAUCGUUGCUCAAGUUUGUUGGCUGCAAGGAACACAGAGAGAUAGCUCGUGAAGCGGUUAGGAAAUCUUUAGUUUUGCUAAAGAGCGGGAAAGAUUCAGAGAAACCGUUUCUACCGUUAGAUCGAAACGCAAAGAGAGUUUUGGUGGCGGGAACUCACGCAGACGAUCUUGGGUUUCAGUGCGGUGGUUGGUCCAAAACUUGGCAGGGUCAAAGUGGUCAGAUCACAAUUGGCACGACAGUCUUGGAUGCCGUCAAAGCGACCGUAGGCGCAGAAACCGAAGUAGUUCACGAGAAGGCUCCUUCAGAGGAGACUUUGUCCAACACCAAGGACUUCUCAUACGCAAUCGUUGUCGUUGGGGAAGCGCCAUAUGCAGAAUCCAGAGGCGAUGAUCCUGAGCCAUCGAUACACUUCGAUGGGGCAGAGGUAGUGAGAUUGGUAGCUGAGAGAAUUCCGACAGUGGCGAUUCUUAUGACGGGACGACCUGUGGUUUUGGAUACUAUCAUGUUGGAGAAAGUGGAAGCUUUGGUGGCGGCUUGGUUGCCUGGAACUGAAGGAGAUGGAAUCGCUGAUGUGUUGUUUGGAGAUUACGAUUUCACUGGAAAGUUGCCGAUGUCGUGGUUUAGAGAGACGGAGCAGCUGCCGAUGAACCCGGAAAGUGAUACCUACGAUCCGUUGUUCCCUCUAGGGUUUGGGCUGAAAUUUAAGAGAGAGUAAAUAAUAAUAAGUACGUGGGAGAAUAAAUGUAAGAGAAGUCAAAAUAAGUGCUUUCUUGGCCAACUGUCUCUGAUAUCUUCUCAAUUUCGUUUGGAUUUGGUUUAGUCCGGUUUUCUCACUUUGUUUUUUUGUUUUGGUUUGGUUUGACACCUGUUUGGUGUAGGUUGUAUUUUAAGAACUUCGGAUUCAGUUUGCUUGCUUUUG